GAGCACCACGCUUGGGGUUAAAGUUCCGACGGGCGGGGCGUCGCGAUCAGUCGCGGCCUUAGACCGAAGCCGAUGUGUAAAUAGGGCAUGGUUAGUCGCUAGAUCCGGAGCAGCGCCUUUGUUUUAGUCAUUUAUUCUCAUCGUCGUUCUGUUUUUUAACACCAAUUCGCACCCUCGGGUCGCUGGCCGAAUCCAUCGACUCCAAUCCCGACAAUCGAAACAGCUGAAUAGUCAACAUGGCGAGUUGCAGAUUACUCGGCGCGCUCACCCGGCUCUCAGGCAGAAGAUUCACGAGUCUUGUUCACCGCACAGCACUUUACCAGCCCCUGAGGUGUUUCUCGGCAGCUGUAGAACGAAAACACACAAAAUGCAAAGUCGUUCAAGGUGUUGCCGUCGUUACAAUCGACUCCCCUGGUGUCAAGGUGAAUUCCUUGAACAAAGAGAUAAUGGAGGAGGUUGAAUUGCUGCUGAAAGACAUAGAGUCAAACGCAUCGGUGAAUUCUGCAGUCCUCAUAUCUGGGAAGCCAGGAUGUUUCAUUGCUGGGGCAGAUAUAACGAUGCUGCAGAAUUUGAAGGACGAGCAAAGUAUCUACAAUGUCUCCAAAGAUGGCCAGAGAAUCCUAGCUCUGAUCGAAUCAAGCCAGAAGCCAGUCGUCGCCGCUAUUCAAGGUUCUUGCCUGGGUGGUGGCUUGGAGGUUGCUCUAGCUUGUCAUUAUCGUAUUGCUGUAAAAGACAAAAAGACUGGUUUGGGACUGCCUGAAGUUAUGCUGGGUCUUUUACCUGGCGGUGGUGGCACCCAAAGAUUACCAAGACUGAUCUCUCUACCCGAUGCUCUCGAUUUACAACUCACUGGGAAAACAGUCAAAGCUGAUAAAGCAAAGAAACUUGGAAUUGUCGAUCUGUUAGUUGACCCGCUUGGACCAGGAGUCGCUACACCAGAAGAAAACACGGCAAGAUACCUACAGGAAACGGCGAUACGGGCUGCAAGAGACAUAGCUAAUGGACAGUUGAAAAUAAACCGCAGUCCGAAGUCCCUUAUUCAAAAGGUCAUGAACAAAUUGUUCACAUACGAUUUCGUGAAAGAUCAAGUGUUCAAAAAGGCGAGAAGCCAGGUGAUGAAAAUGUCCGGUGGCCUCUACCCAGCCCCUCUAAAAAUCCUCGAUGUCGUACGCACUGGACUUGACAAAGGCUCUGCUGCCGGCUACGAGGCAGAGGCUCGAGCCUUCGGACAGCUCGGUGUAACUCCAGAAUCAAGGGGUCUCGUCAGUCUUUUCUUUGGACAGACAGCCUGCAAGAAGAAUAGAUUUGGCACACCCAAAAGCGCAGUCAAGACCGUCGCUGUAGUGGGAGCUGGUUUGAUGGGCGCCGGCAUUGUCCAAGUCACUAUCGAUAAGGGAUACAACGUUAUUUUGAAGGACACGAAUAAUCCUGGUCUGUACAGAGGCAUAGGCCAAAUUCAAGCUGGAUUCGAGACCGCCGUUAAGAGGAAACGAUACUCAAGUGUUCAAAAGGACAUUUAUUUAUCGAAACUCAACGCAACAUUGGACUACGAUAAGUUCAAGAAGGCUGACGUCGUCAUCGAAGCUGUAUUUGAAAACCUAGCGAUCAAACACAAAGUGAUCAAAGAAAUAGAGGCUAACACCCCAGAGCACUGCAUUGUGGCAACAAAUACAUCAGCUAUCCCGAUAGGAAAGAUCGCUGCAGGAAGUGGAAGACCAGACAAGCUCAUAGGUAUGCACUACUUCUCUCCAGUCGACAAGAUGCAGUUACUAGAGAUCAUUACUCACAAAGGAACUUCCCAAGAGACGAUAAAGACUGCUGUGGAUCUUGGCCUAAAACAGGGAAAAGUUGUCAUCACUGUUGGAGAUGGCCCUGGUUUUUAUACAACCAGAAUACUCAGCGCCAUGCUUUCUGAGGCUAUUAGAUUGCUUCAGGAAGGCGUCGAUCCUAUCGAACUCGACAAACUGACAAAGACGUUUGGAUUUCCAGUUGGAGGAGCGACGCUAGCUGACGAGGUCGGAAUUGACGUUGGUUCUCACAUUAGCGUAGACCUCCGAAAAGCUCUCGGCGAGAGGUUCGAUGGUGGAAAUGUAAAUAUUAUGGGUGACAUGGUAAAGGCAGGAUUCCUUGGUCGAAAAUCUGGCAAAGGUAUAUUCGUGUACGAAAAAGGCUCCAAGAAUAAGGAUGUGAACGUCGAAGCGUUGGAAAUAUUGAAGAAAUACUCGCUGGAACCAAAAGGCAGCAUCGCCGACGAAGAUCGUCAACUCAGAAUGGUGUCCCGCUUUGUAAACGAGGCUGUUCUCUGUCUGGAAGAAAAUAUCCUAGCGAAUCCGUUGGAAGGCGACAUCGGCGCAGUUUUCGGCCUCGGAUUUCCGCCAUUUACCGGCGGUCCUUUCCGAUGGGUUGAUUAUUACGGAGCGAACAAGCUAGUCGCAAAAAUGACCGAAUUCCAGAACGAUUACGGCGUCGCAUUUACACCAGCGCAGACGUUGCGUGACAUGGCGGCCGAUCCGUCGAAAAAAUUUCACCAGACGUAAACAAUUGUAGACGAUGACAAAGAAAAAGAGAAGGAGACAAAAUAUUUUUUCCUAAAUCAAUCGAUUCAAGAUCCGUUUAUAAACAGUAAACAAACAGCUCAGAUUUGCUGGUAUACAAUUUUCAAAUAGGGUCUAAUCUACGAAAUACGCAGGCUGUAGUUCUGAGGAUUUGCGAUGCGGCAAUCCCGACGAUCACACGUUGUACCUGCGAUACAAAAAGCGGGAGAGAAUUAUCCGCAGUAUACAGCUAGUAUAUACAUGAUAUAUUUUUUGAUGAUUAAUGGUAAUAAAACAGUUUAUAAAUUAUUAUUAAUAUAAAA